UCAUCCUAAAAUUGAACUUCCCACUUUUUUUUUCUUUUCCCACGCCAGAACUCUUUGAAGACUAAAUCAGAAGGGAGCUCAAGUGACAAAGAGCCAGUAUCACAAAAAUUAGAACAGGCCAGAGAGAGCCCUAGAUUGAAAACCCUCUCUUCUCCAAUUCUUCGAGUCCUCUCUCUCUCUCUCUCUCACAUAAUCCAUGGCGGCCUCUCUACAUAAGAGCAGAAGAACCUGAAGCUCGAGCUCCUUUGACCCAUGAAUGGGUGAAGAGGAUUUAGUUGGUGCCUAACACGGAUGACGAAGAACCCAUCGCAGCAGUCCAGCUCCAAAGCUAAUUCUCUCCCGAAAGCAACCAGCACCGCCACCACGACGAUGACGUCGUUUUGCCAAUUCUUCUGGCGAAGAAGAGAAAGGAAACUAGGGACCAGCCCAUUCUCCCUAACCCAACUCCCGCCACCUUCGCCAUCACUACCUAUUUGUUGUCGGCAAAGAAGAGGGUGUAGGCACUUGCACCGGAUUUGUUCCCCAAGAAGCCAGUUUCGCAGUUGGAUUUGAAUCUUGAGUACAAGCUGGAUCUCUGGGAAGAGGUAGAAGCUGGUGGAGAAACUUGAAGAAUGCACGAAAGGUGUUUGUAAAAAUGCCUCAGAAAAAAGCCCGGAAGGUGUUUGUAGAUUAUUUGGCACUCUACUUGGCCAUGUUGAGAGGACAAAGAUCUUAGAAGCCUUCAAAACAAGUCAGGACGUAAAUACUGCAUUCUUGUCAAAGGUGGGAGAUAAUUCUAUUGACAUUCCUGCGGCUGUGUGAUUAUUCAAAUGUGAUUCAAGAUGUCAAGAAGCACAACGUCUUGGUCAUAUUUUGAGGGCUAAGGUUUGUUUCAUGUUUAUCUUCAUAUAGAUGUAGUCCUUUACUCAUUAUGUUAUGAUGGAAUCAAUUACACCUCUAUAUUCACUAUUGACAAGUUAUUACAAGCUUGCCUCCACCUGAUUCAGGAGUUGAUUUGAGCUACCACCAUUUUGAUGAGCAACUGCAACUACUCCCAAAUGCCUCUGUUUUCCACUCUUUUCAGUUUCUCACUUAAAGUUGAUUCUUUUUUUUUUAGCAAUGCUAAUAAACUUAUCUUCAAUGUCUAUAGGGGAUUGCUUGUUGUUAUAGGAAUUGGUGAACAAUGUCUGCAUAUUUGCUUACGGGCAGACUAAAAGUGGAAAAACCUUUACAAUGGAGGGAACGGAAGAAGGUCGGGGAGUCAAUUUUAGGACUCUUGAGCAACUGUUUCGUAUAAUAAAAUAGCGAGAAAAGUUGCAUAGAUAUGAUGUGUCUGUUAGUGUUGUAGAAGUGUACAACGAGCAAAUACAGGAUCUACUUGUUCCAGGAAAUCAGCCGGGAGCAGCUGCCAAAAAGUCCAAGAGAUCCUUAAACAUUUGUCAUAUUUUUUCCCCUUCAUGAAUAUGUUGAAAGUUCUAUAUGAUCUUGCUUGUAUCUUACUAUAUGGUUAUAAUCUUGUAUGUUUCUUGAUAUAUGGGUUCUCUUAUCUCCUUGUUUAGAUGGAAAGUCAUUUACCUAUUCAGACAUUGCAUAAUCAAUUCAUGAAUUCCCACUUGUUUAGCUGGCAGUUAGAAUAGCACCAUGGCCUCUCAUUUCUGUAUCUCAAAGUUGAAAUCUUUUCUGUUACUUUGAUAUAACUCUCCUUUUAAAAUGUGAAGAUAGAGUUAUAUGUGAUAUCCAUGUUUUCUCCGUACUUGUUGCUAUAUUUUCAUUUCUAACAAUUCACCAAUAUGUUGGGUACUCUUGACGAGCCAUGUCUUUCAAUGCUAUGAAGGAUACAAGUGAGGUGAAUUCCAAGAUAAUGGUAUUUAACAAUACUGCAGUGUCUUGUAGGCUUGAAAUUAGACAAGCUGGAGAAGGGAGACAUCAUGUUCCAGGACUUGUUGAGGCACAUGUGAAAAACAUGAAUGACGUCUAGGAAGUUCUCCAAACUGACAGUAAUGCAAGGGCUGUUGGCUCAACCAAUGUCAAUAAGCAUAGUAGCUGUGACUUUGGAUUCAGAUAUUUUUACCAAGAAUUUUGUAUCCCAAUGCAAGUGAAGCAUCUUAGAAUGGUGGUUCUGCACAUUAGACCCGAAUAGAAAGCAAAUUCUCACAGAGUGUUGAACCUGCAAUGGCAAUUGUGCCAAUUAUAGCCCAAUCACAGCUUAGGUUACAAGAAUGCUGGACUUGGAGCAUCUUUUGCCAGCUCCCAUUGGUAUUGUUGACUGCAAGACACAAGUUAUUCGGUGGGAAGAGGAAUGAUGUCCUUGCUGAAGAGGUUGCUGUCGUUGAUCCUGUUAAGCCCGCUGGUGAGGGCGUGGUGGCUCAAGAACCUGCCCCCCAGGUUCUAGAAGUAGGAGCUGAUAUGAAUGCAGCACCGAAACCGGUCGCAGCCCCCAUCGUCGAGCCUCAGGAAGUUCCUGCUGCGGCUGCUGCUGACGCUAAUGCUAUUGCUAACGUUCCUCCUCCCGAGCCUCCUAAUAGGCUGGAAAGGCUGGUUCGCGUACUCGAAGUGGCUCCUCCAGGAGUUAUAGACGAAGCGAGGGACGGUCUGCAACGACUCCUUGGUCCUGACAUUUUACUGCCGGGUGCGCCUGCCAGAGCUCAAGAAUAUUUGAUGGUGCUUCGCCGCGAACGCACUAUCACUGAAGCUGAAUUUGUCGAGAUAUAUGAGCUUUUGCAAAACCUCCCUGCACGGAUUGGUGAGAGAACAACCGCGACCGCGCAUGCUAGGCAUGUCUAUCGCGGCCUUGCACAACAAGCGGAGCCAUCUCGUGACUCCUUAGGCGAUCUAGCUAUUCGCGUCAGGGACCUGCGAAUCUCGCAGAACCACCUUCGGACCCAUAUUCAGGACCUCCAAGCCCAACUAAUCGAAGCAAAGGCCCAGUUGGUGGUGGUGACGGCCCAACUUGAGCAAGAGGAACUUCAGAUAGAGCAGCCCCUUAGCAGCCUUCGAGGCUAUGUCUCAGAACUUGGCUCAGGCACGUGAAGCAGUCCGACAAGCAGAGCGAGCUGCUGCUGACGCUAGCUUUCGUCUAGAUGAACACUUACUUCGCUUGACCCAUGCGGGUCGUAAACUUUAGGCCUCUUACUUCAGGCCCACUUUGCUUUGUAUGAACAACAUUAAUAUUUAAUAUUUAGCCCACUUUGUU